AUGCAAGGGAAAAAAGGAAUAUAUGAAAAGGAAGAUUCAACGACGAUUGAUUCACUACAUCCUCCUCGUCAAUAUAGAGGUCGUUAUCACACAACCUGGUCUAAAAAUGCAAGGGAAAAGGAGUAUAUGAAAAGAAGCAUAAGAGUGGUUGUCUUUGUUCUCACUCGACAUUUUCAUAUCUUCUUUAAUUUCCCUUUUCUUUUCUCCCCUCAUAAUUUUUGUUUGUGUUCUCGCCGCCCGUCGCCCGGAAAAUUUCAUUUCCGGCGGUCCGCAGCUACACUUUUUCUUUCUUUCACUCUGUUGUACGAAAUUUCCGGAGCCGAUCAAGCUCGGUCGCUCGCACUCGCUUCGAACUUUGAGCUCUUGGAGAAAAGACGGGAGGGAAAAAAUAAGGCGGGCCGCCGGGUGGAUGGUGAUUUCAGGUUUUCGUGGUGGCGGGAUGGCGGCGGCGUCAGCGACGUUGGGGCGGUGAGAGAUUCAGAUGGGAUGACAGAUAUUGCCAGUAGCAACUCAGAACGUGACAUUGAACAGCAAAGAAAAAAAAAAUCUGAGGCCUGGUCACCGAGCAAGAAGAGUAAGAGGCAAGCGAUGAUAGCUAUCAAGGCGGCGACGGAGUACCGCUUGUUCGAGCCGCCACUUUCCGGCGACAAGGCCCGCCGCCUCUGGCUUUAG